GUAUAUAUAAAAGAAAAAAAAAAAACGUUGGACAAAAAUCUCGAAAACCUAGACGACUGCCGGUUCCGGGAGCCUUCGAUUCACCGGAUUUUACACAGGCGGCUGAUUAUUGAUAGGAAACCGAAGAGAAAAUUUUCUGCAAGUAAGGUCUGGAUUGUGAAAAAGGGUAUCCCAAGUAAUAGGAGACGAAUGAGAGAACUUUCCUCUGUUAUCAAGAGUAGAAAGAAGCAAAAGAUGGAAAAGGUUGAGAAAGUGGACGAGGUUGUUGAACCAAUUGAUCGAAUUUCAGAUUUGCCUGAACCCAUAAUACACAGCAUCCUUUCUUUUCUACGCUGCCCAAGGGAUGUUGCUCGAGUCAGUGUGUGGUCUAAGAAGUGGAGAUCUAUUUGGACUUCUUUCUUCAUUCUAGACUUUGACCAAAAAAAUUUUGGAGAUUCUGGAGGAUAUCAUGAUAAGAAAUUUAUAAAUGCUGUGGCAACCAGACUCGAGGCAAUGGAUUGCAUACAAAAGUUCAAGAUUUCUUUGUGCCAACCGAAUUUAAAGUUGCGUACGCACAUGAAUCGUUGGAUAGGUGCUGCUAUAAAGAAACACGUCCAAGAGCUAGAGAUUCAUGUGGAAGCAAAGUCAAGAAACCAUUACAUGUUACCUGAUGCUGGCCUUUCUUCCAGGAAGCUAACUUCACUGCGAUUGUAUGGUUGCAAGUUUAAUAAUCGUAUGGAGAUCGAUCUAUGUAACUUAAAAGAGUUAUCAAUAAAAUGUUCUCAAGUAAAUGCAGAUGUGAUUCAUAGUUUCAUUCAAAGCUGCCCUUUGAUCGAGGAUCUGAGACUAGUGCACUGUAAGAAGAUAGGCCAUCUGAACAUUUCAACUCUUCAUAAGCUUCGCUGUCUUCAGUUAUAUGAGUGCCAUGGGCUCGUGUCGGUCAACAUUGAGUCGCUCAGUCUUGUAAGCUUUAUAUACUGUGGGAAAGAUCCAUGGGAGUGCAAAGUAAAGGUGACAGGUUGUGAUAAUUUGAAAGAUUUGACAUUAAAAGAUCCAGAUUUAGACGAGGAGUUGUUUCAAGAAUUGUUUGUGAAGUACCCUAACCUUGAAAAGUUAGUUCUGAGAGAAUGUAACAGGCUCAAGCGUUUAACUAUAUUGAAUUCAAAACUUAAAGAACUGUCGGUGAUCCGAUGCAGAAACCUUGUGGAGGCCAACAUUGAUGCACCAAAUCUAUCCGUGCUAGAGUAUUCUGGUGGGAGGAUGCCUUUGUCUCUCACUCAUAUUGCAGGUUUACAUGAGGCAAAAUUGCAUAUAUGUUACAGAAAAAAUGGGGCAGUCAUUUUGCAUGAGCUGCUGGACUUGUUAAGGAGGUUCGAGAACAAUGGAGAUUGGAAGCUGGUUGUUACCUCUAACAAGAAUAUAACUAUCCAUGAAGAAUUACAAGAAAUCCAGCAUCUGUCAUCCAAUGAACUCAGGAUAGAACUUAUCAAGUCCCCAAUGAAGGUGAAGGGUUAUGUUGAUAACUUACUACGAAUGUCUAAACCAAAGACUCUAUCGUUGGUGUCAUCUUCCAGUAGCGAGCUUUUAAAGUUUCUUAAGGAUAAGAUAAUGUCGAGAGAAAACAAUCCAAAAUGCUGUACCUAUUACUCAAGGAAGUGCUGGCUUCAUUCCAUCAAAGAUGUAACGAUGGCGGUGUUUGGAAGAGCUGAAAUAGGAACAUCUCAAAGUCUGGAACAGACUAUAUUCAAAUUUGAUUGGCAAUCUUAAAUUCUACAAAUCUGGCAUAGGUCUUGUCGCUUCUGCUGGGACCUGGGACAAAUUGACUUAUAGAAUCAUAUCUUUAGAGAUAGAUCUAGUCAUCAAUAUAUAGAGAGAGAUUAAUGAUGAAGUUUGAUUUCUUGAUUCAUAGACUGGACUCCAUGCAGUCACUGGAAUUUAUUUUGGAUGAUGUUAACAGAAUUUAUAUCGAUCUCUUAUUUAGCAUUGUUAUUAAUUACCAUUAGUGCUUUAGUAGUA